AUGCGUUAUUCUAGAGACCGGAUGAACUUUACCGUUGCUGUUGUUUUGCCUGCCGCUGGAUGCGGAGCGAGAAUGGAUCUUGGUACUCCGAAGCAGUUUGCUUAUUUAGGCAAUAAGCCGUUACUGUGUCACGCAUUGGACGUGUUCCAGAAGAUUUCAUGGGUGAAGGGUGUGGUCGUUGUGUUACCCGGGCCUACGCAUCCUAACCGGAAAUUCCUCUCUCGUUGGGGUGGAGCUAAAGUGAUUUACGUUGCUGGAGGAGUAACGCGACACUCAUCUAUUCGGAAUGGAUUGAAGGCUCUGUCGUCUUCUCCUCCGGACGUAGUUAUUAUUCACGACGGUGUGCGGCCUUUCAUUGACGAAAGAACAGUGAAUGAAUGCGCUACUACAGCAUGGAUACAUGGUGCUUGUGGGAUGACACGCCCACUGGUUUCCACAGUUUUGGUUCCAGAUGAAGAGCAGUUUCUUUCUCGUUCUUUAGAUAGAUCAUCUCAUGUAUCAAGUGAGAUGCCACAAGCCUUCAGAUAUGAUGUAAUUUGUGAGGCAUAUGAAAGAUGCAGUGAACAUGAUCUCGAGUAUGGUACUGAGUGUCUGCAUCUUGUUCUCAAGUAUUGCAAAGUCAAGGCUAAAUUAAUUGCUGGACCAGAAACUUUAUGGAAAGUGACUUAUAAGAAAGACCUGUAUGCAGCAAAGUAUGUCCUGCAAGAACAGUCAGCAUCAAGGGUGAAUAAGAUUAACAUUUGGGCUGAAAGUGUGGCUGCUGCUACUGCUAUUAGACAAUGUGUUUCUGUAAUAGAAGUAGAUGGAUAUUGUGUCACACACAGUGAGCUAUGGGAAAAAAUUGAUGUUACAAUAACUAAUCAGUUGAUCAUGCCUGUUGUCAUGGUUACAGGAAAAGGAGAUUUUACUCAGUCCGUGAUGAAUCUUUUGAAAAGAAGUGAUCAGCAGCCAUUUGUGUCACAAAUUCUUUUAAUUUUACUGGUAUGUUUUUCAAGUUUGGAUGUAUUUGAAAUUCAGAAAUGGAUUAGUGAUGUCGCCACGUCUAAAUCACUAUCUAUCCGAGUUAUCAUUAGUCAGUGCCAGAAUGCUAUACAACCAAUCAUAGAAAAUGAAGAAAAGCUUGUGAGAGUUGUCAAAGAUGUGCUGAGCCUGGAUGGCAAUGUGCUGUCAGCACAAAUAUUAGUUGCUUAAUUAAUCAAUAACUUAGAAAUUUUGAAAGAUUCUACAUUAUUUAUAAACUGAUUUUUUAAUUAAAUAGGUUUGUAGUUGUGCUCUUGCUUUAUUGUUGCAAAUAUCACUUGUUUGCAGGGUGAUAAUUAAACUAGUUAGAGAAGUAGAAGAGUGCAUGUAGUCUGUAUAAAUUAU